AUGGAUGAAGUAGGAAAACAGAUGCAGCGGCUCGACCUUACACACACCUUCACCGUACGUGUCGGCGAUCAGAGAACGCUGUACACAUUGCACCGAGCCCUUGCCGAGCAGACCUCAGACUACUGGACGCGAAACCAAGCCGAGUUCGACCUGCACGGUAUCCCGAAGGCAGUCUUCGACGUCUUUUUCCAGUGGCAUCUCACCGGCAUGAAUGUGAUCGUCCUUCGGAGUGACGAGAUACCUGGACUUGACAACCGCCGUAUUCGCCCGAGAAGCUCGCCAAACCACCGAGAGCUGAUGGGAAUCUACAGCGUCGCCCUCACGCUCGAAGACAAAGCGUUUCAGAAUGCGGUGAUGGACCGUAUGAUCAAAACCAUCAUGAUAACGCGGGAAGCACCAGGUCAAGAAGUUCUCGUCCAGGUCUUCACGGAGAAGCCAAACAGGUGUCCCAUGCAGAGGCUGGUUGUGCGGUGCUGGCGAAAGUACCUGGACGAGCACAAGGUCGACGAGCAGUGGGACGAUUGGCGGGAUGAGUUCAAGAAGGCGCUCGCCAUGGAGCAGAACGGCACUCCAGAUGACGCCGCACGCUGGCCUUCACUCCGCCGCCGAUGCGAGUACCACGUGCACGAUGAGCGCGCUUCCAGAGGCCGGUAA